CUGUCACUCCGGCAUCCCACGCCUUGAUGACGGCCUGAUCACCAGCCUCUCCGCGCACGCACACAUCGCAUCGAUAUCCACCACCACCCGACGCCGCCAUGGGGCACGCCUGGCUGGACUCCCUGUCCGAGGAUUGGGUGUCGCAGCCCGGAUCGGCCGACGCGUCCUUUGCCGAGCACGAAGCUGCUCCUGUCCCGGCCCAGAAGCUGCCCAAACCGCAGACGCCGAGUAGGAUCCCGCGUCUCAGCCCCCACGUUAGGAAGUUCCAAAGUGCACUCGGCAAUGCAGGCAACAGCAACGCCAGCAACGGUAACAGCGCGACCAAGAGCAACAGCAACAGCAACAACAGCAACAACAACAACAAUAGCAGCAGCAGCAACAUUCUCAGCGAACGGAGUCUUAAUGAGCGACUUGCCGCCCAGUCUCGCCGCACCCCCUCCAAGCUCUCGCAGGAGGUGAGCCCCAAUACCGGUGGCCGCGAUUGCCCCGCAUGCCGCUCCGCCUCGGCCUCGACAACGAAUUCUGUCGUCCGCAGGCCGUUUCUGCGCAAAUCGACCGGGACUUCCCAAUCUAAAGGGCGGGCGGGAGACACGCCGGAGUGGAAGCGGCGUCUCGUGUAUGGCGAGCUGUCCUACGGCGAGCAGAAGGACCUGUUCACCUCUGCGGGAGCGGGUCUGGAGAGCAUCUUUAAGCCACCGCACCCCACGCCAGGUCCGUCGCGAGACGGGAAGAUGGACGAUUCUUGCCAUGAGCAUGACCAAGAGCAGGACUUCGCCGCACCACCCAGCCCGCCCUCCCAUCGUCGGAACCCAUUAACGGUCGACACACACGUAGACGAAUCACCCCAGCAGCUGCCGCAGCCGCAGCCGUCAAGACGGGCAGGUCCACCGGUUCGAUAUAGGCGUACGGAGGAAUCGCCCGACACAAGCAAGGACUCCGAGUUGAGCAUGCAGCAGCACGAGAGCUGCUCUUGUCAGACGUCCAAAACGGACCAGACGGCAUUGUCGGCCGAAGAGGGGCCGCGCAAGGUCAGCGGCCGGAGCGAUAUCCGCAACGAAGAUUUCAGCCCCAUCCUCCUCGAACGGCGCCAAGCAAGCAACGGCGCGACCACUUUUAGUCCUGCCGAUCUGCCUCCGGAUGAGCUGCGGAAGCGUCUGGAGAUGCUGCGACGCAAUCAGAUGCUCCUCGCGGGUGGCGCCAAUGACGGCACCAUCCACAACCACACCCCGUCUCGCAACGAAACCACAGAAGACUACGUGAGGUUAGAGGGGUUCGUCAACUUCCAAAGAGGUGGUCGGUCCGAGGAAGGGUCGUUCCGCAACCGGAUGCUGAGCUCCGCUCUCAACGACAGCUCCGAGCUGAACCCAGAGGAGUCCCUGCAAGCGAGCACCCCGAAGCAAUUUCUCUCCGUGAGGGUUGAACAGUGCGACUCGUCCGAACACAGGCCCGUUGACAGCCCCGACGUUCCGCGUGUCCCGGAUCCGAGCCCAGAGAAACGGCUGGCACCGGUCCAGCCCAGCCCCGGGAGCCCCCUGAAACUCUUUCAGCCAUACGAUACCUUUACGAGCCAGACCCUCCUGAGGCGGCUGAGUCAGGUACACGGAGAGGCAGGCGACAUUUCCUUCUCCAUAGCGGUGGACGAGAGCCGGAUGCAGGGAGACAACCCGUCAGGGCUUCUCCCUCCGGCGUCCCAAAACGGGCCAGACGACCACUCGUUUGCCCAUGCCAGCAGGUUCGGCGCUGGCGAACUCGACGGGUACGAGUUCAAUGACGAGUUCUCUCAUCUAUCUCACAACGCCACCUGCAUGGACGGGGAUAAGGAGAACCGCGAGCCCGCCGAGGACUCGUUGCUUCCCCAGCGCCAGCCCAUCUUUGACCUCCCCCACAACUCUUCGCCAUCUGGGACCCCAGAUCUCGUCGUGAACCGACGACGCAAGUCCACAAACUCCCGCCCUUCCCGACGUUCGGCCAGAGCCUCCUUCCCGGCCUAUUCUGACAUGCUCUCCCCGCCCGGGGGGCGGAGAGACCUGUCUGGGACAGAGAUUAAGCGACCCCGCACGUCUCCCUCGAAGAAUCCCACUCCGAAACGGCGGAGGACACUUCACAGAUCAGACAUCUCAUACGGAUCCGGAGACCCUAACUCGGGGGUCGACUCUGCACAGCUGUCGCAUCUUCAAAUGCAGUCGGUGCUUGGCCGACUCCGGCAAGAUGUCCGGGAGAGCGAUGAGCACGAGAUGGCGGGACACGACCUCCACCAUUCACUGCGCUCUCGGACACCAACACCCAGCCAACGGCGCUCCCUUCAGGCUGAGCGCCAGCCCCUUGCGCAGAUCGAGAGGUCUCCCGCCCGCUCAAGCAGGCAUUCGCAACCCCCGGCGGCCCUUCCUCUCGGUACAACCGUCGAGACGAACCGGAAGUCGUCAAUCAAGACCGAGGAUUUCAUUAACGAAGCAAACAAGAUCAUGGCCAUGAUUCGCAGCAAGGCUGGCCUGCCAAGCGGCCUCGCCAGUGUCGAGGAGUCGGAUGAAGAGAAGGGCCAACCAUCGCCAGAACUUGAGGGUUCCUUUGAGGAGUCGACCCAGGAACCGUUCUCGCGGCCGCCCAGCCGCGAGGGAAGGCCUCCUCUCACGCGCAAGUCCACGAAGCAAGAGGACCCCGUGCUCGCAGAGCAACUGAAGAAGUACGAAGAGGCCAGCGACAUGGGCGACAUUCUCCCUUCGUCUGUGCGCUCAUCCCAUCCUGUCCGAGGAUCCGAUUCCGUGACGAGGGAACAGGCGACGGAGGAGUGGGCCAAGGAACAAAGUCAAAGGUCAGGAUCCCAGGUCAAUACCGUCAGCGACCCCCCAAACAUCCGCAUCUCCCGGAACUCAGAUUGGCAAGAGCAACAGUCUGCGAAUGGCCCAGCCGAUGGGAUCCCCUCUCAAGGUUCGGCCGGCCUCAACACUCAAAGCACGGGCCUUUCUCUUCCGACCGGAUCGUCUCGGGUGUCAUCAAAAGGGUCUGAGGCAAGAAAGACAAUCAUGCCUGAAAGCGUGUCCCACUUGAUCCCGGAUCAGGUUGGCAACAUGGUGCUGGACAGGCAGCGCAACAUGUGGGUCAAGAGAAAGAGUACGGGCGAGCCAAAGGAGAGCUUUUACCAGUCUGAAGCCAGUGACGACGACCCGUUCGCCGGUAUCCCUGACCUGUCUGUCGACGUCACGAAGGAGAUGCAGAACCUUCUCUUGACUGGCAAGAGGGAGACGGCGCUUCAAAACCGGGUUGCCAGUUCUGCGGAGAUCAGCCCGACGCGGCCGCCAAGGGUGGGCUCAUUUACAAGGGCGGCCCUCGACGCGGCGGGUGGAAUGCCAACCAACCAGGCGCCGAAUUCCGGCAGCGCGGAAAUCCCCGCUGAGAAGGGAUCGAGUGUCAACGAAGGCCGGGUGAAGGAGCUGAGGCGACUCACCAUCAGCUUCUCGUCCCCCGUCGCAUCCGUGAUCCAAGACGCAGGUGUUACCAACGAGAUGUUGUCCGAGGAUAGCAUGCUCAACGCGCAGGCCGAGGCUCCAGCCCCGCCGGCUAGAGGUCGGAGGCUAGUCUCAGUACAGACGACGAUGGGGAGCAGAACGGCCAGGUCCCGAAGCACCUCGCGCGGCCCCGCUCGCCAUCUCUCCAUCAGGGGUAAGUCUCUUAUGGCACGGCCGGUGUCGAGGAUCGACGAACGAGAUGAGGAUUCCGCAUCGCACCACGACCAACCCCAGGAGGCGGCUUCGGGUAUGGAACUGAGCGUCCUGGGGGACUAUAGCGUGGCCAACCAUGACGAUGGCGGGCCGCGAGGCAGUCUCAACUUCCUGGUUACGACACCUGCGAGGGCCCCGAGCUGUCCGGUCUCGGGCGCUGACGCUGCACCCAUUAUCAGCCAAUAUGUCGGCACGUUCUCUCUCAGUCCACUCUCGGAGUUCACGGUGCAUCGCCCGGAGGAGACGCUGCCCCUUGAAGCCAGUUACGUGGUUGACAACCACCGCCUUGUCACUGGCGACAAGCCCAAGCAUGUCAUGUCGAUGAGCAUACGGGAGCUUGUGGAAAAGCUCGCUGAGGUCGAGCCCUUUGAGCCGUACUGGGAAGAUAUGCGGGAACUGGAGCUGCGGGAAAAGGGCCUCAGCGCGCUCCAUGCACUUGACGAGUAUUGCGGGCAGCUCGAGAGUCUCGACGUCUCCAAGAACAAGAUCAGGAAUCUGGGCGGCAUUCCCUCAUCCGUGCUCCACCUGCGCAUCACGCACAAUCAGCUGUCCAGCCUCACCGCGUGGAACCACCUGAUCAACCUGCAGUAUAUCGACGUCUCCAACAACUCGCUCACUAGCCUGGCGGUGUUCAAGAACCUCAUUCACCUGCGCAGUCUGCGGGCCGACAACAAUCAGAUCACGAGUCUGGACGGCAUCAAGUUUCAUAAGGGCUUGCAAACCCUCCGCGUGAGGGGAAACCUCAUCAAGGAAGUCGACUUCGACGGCAGCACGCUGCACCAGCUCACGGACCUGGACCUGAAGAAUAACCAGAUCCGCCACGUGGCCAACAUUGACCAACUACCUUUGCUUAGCUCCCUCGACCUCGAUGGCAACCGCCUGACCUCUUUCUCCGUUGACUCGGCCGAGCCGAUGACCUCGCUUCGCUACCUCCGCCUCGACGACAAUAACCUCACAACCCUCAACGUCCGUGCCCUCCCUCACCUGCGCCUUCUCCACGCAGACCGCAAUGCCCUCGUUCAGAUUGCGGGCUUCUCCCGCGCCCGCCGCAUCGACUCCCUCUCGUUGCGCGAACAGCGCGGUGCGGAACCGCUGGACCUGCCACACCUUUUGUCCCGAGCUUACGAAGUCCGCAAACUGUACCUCUCGGGCAAUCUCCUCCAGUCGUUCUCCCCCAAGGCCGACCUGCUCAACCUGCAACUCCUGGAGCUCGCCAACUGCGGCCUGUCGAGCCUCCCCCAAGACGUUGGUCUCAUGACGCCGAAUCUGAGGGUCCUCAACCUGAACAUGAACGCCCUCACCGACCUGACGCCGCUGAGGGCCGUCCCGAGGCUGAAGCGGCUGUUCGCGGCCGGCAACAGGCUUGCUGACCCGGCGGGAGUGGUGGGCACUCUCGGCGGGCUGGCGUGCCUGGCGGUGGUGGACCUGAGAGAUAACCCGCUCACGCAGGGAUUCUAUGCACCCGUGCAGGUUGUCGUCCGCAAGAGCGGGUCGGACGACUCCGUGGCAGACGGCGCCGAGGGAGAGCAGCAGUUUGUGCUCGGGGACCAGGACGCCGAGAGGGACGCGAGGUACUGUGCUCGGCUGGACAUGGAUACCAGGAUGAGGAGGAGGCUGUACGAGACGAUGGUGAAAAAGAAGUGUGCGAGGGUGAAGAAGCUGGACGGGCUCGUGUUGGGAGACGCCGCGGCGACGGGGGAAAGUGAUGGAAAGGAAGGUGUCGAUGUCGUGUGGGCUGCAAUGGAGGAGAAAGGCCUGGUCAAGACCAGAGGGAGCGGGUCAUCGAGCGCCAAGGGCGAGAAGAACGAAGGUGUUCCUGCUGCUGCUGCUGAUGCUGAUGCUGCGGCGGGCGAGAAGGAGGCUGCGGGGACCGUGCGGGAGAGGAGCGGGCGGUGGCCGGCCGAGGACAGCUUUGCUUGAAUGCUCUCUGCUGAGUCGGUCGGUUAGGAAAGUGUGCUGGCAGCAGCGGUGUUACUAUUGUUUGACCCCAGGGAUUCUGGCUUUUUUUUUUU